AUGGACCCAUCCCCACCAGAGCAAAGCCGCAAAAGGAAACACACGCUGGCGCCGCCAACGCUAAUCUCACUUUUUCUCUACCUCUCCUUCUCCCUCUUCCUCUUCCUCUUCCUCAACUCCUCCUCCCACCACUCUUUUUCCACCCCAACCCCACCACCCCUCCACGUGCACGACCGUAUUCUCUUCCCCGAUCACGUGCUUCUCACGCUCCCCAACCACCACCUCCUUUUCCCUUCUCACCAGCUUCACUGCGUCUACUACAACCUCUUCAACUCUUCAUCCCCACCCAACCCGCUUUUCACCCUUCGCUUUCGCCCGCUUAUCUCAACAGACCGAUACGAUAAGUUUCACUUCAUCGCAAGGUGCCCGCUUCCCGGUAACAAUUUCUCCGCCGUCACUCUCCGUUGGAAGGAUGAUCACCGCCCCUUCCGGUUCCCGGUGAAAACAAUAAUUAACAGCUGGGACAACUUAGCCUACUCCGCCACUCUAGACGGCGACACCGCGGUUGUCUUCGUCAAAGGACUAAACCUCAAACCGCACAAGGCUUCCGACGCCAAUUUAAUCCACUGUCACUUCGGACCCCGAAACGGUGCGUUUUGGCUCACCACGAAAGCCGUUUCCGCCGCGCAGGAAGUCGUGCGGUGCUCGUUGCCGCAGAGCAUUCUUAAGAACCCCGACAUGGCCCGCGGAAUAAGCGUGACCGUGAGUCACGUGCGUAAAAAUAAAAGCGUGCCUACGGUGGCUAGAAUUGGCGGGGACGGAGAAAGAAUAGGGGAGAAGGAGAAGGAGAAAUUUGAACUGUGCGCGUGCACCAUGGUGUGGAACCAGGCACGUGCGAUGAAAGAGUGGGUGAUGUACCACGCGUGGGUGGGCGUGCAGCGGUGGUUUAUCUACGAUAACAACAGCGACGAUGAGAUUGAUGACGUGGCAAGAGAGCUUGAUUCUAAAGGGUACAACGUUACGAGAGUGGUGUGGCCUUGGAUUAAAAGCCAAGAAGCGGGGUUUUCCCAUUGUGGAUUGAAAGCGAAGGAGGAAUGCAAGUGGGUGGGGUUCUUCGACGUGGACGAGUUUUUCUACCUUGGCGAGGGGAAAAAGAAUGCUCUGAGAUCCAUUGUGGCGAAUUUCUCUCCGUCGAAGUCCGUUGCUGAGUUAAGGAUAGGGUGUCAUAACUUCGGUCCUUCGGGGUUGAGGAGUCACCCUAAACAAGGAGUGACCGUGGGGUACACGUGUCGACUCAGGAGUCCCGAAAGGCACAAGUCGAUUGUGCGGCCUGAUUUGCUUCACGUGAGUCUUCUGAAUGUGGUGCACCACUUUGAACUGAGGGAGGGGUUUGAAGCGCGUAAGGUGGCCCCAUAUGUUGCUGUCGUGAACCAUUAUAAGUAUCAAGUGUGGGAAACGUUCAAGGCCAAGUUCUUCAGAAGGGUUGCUACCUACGUGGUGGAUUGGAACGAGGAAGUGAACAUAGGAUCCAAGGACAGAGCACCUGGAUUGGGAACACAAGCGAUUGAGCCACCUGAUUGGCCCUUCAAGUUUUGCGAGGUUUGGGACACUCGCCUCAAGGACUUCAUUCUUUCUAAUUUUUCUGAUCCCAAGACAGGGUUGUUGCCCUGGGAAAGGUCUCUUCAAUAGUGCACAAACCAAAAACAGAGUAUAGCUUUUCUCUUUAUUAUAUUAUUAUUACAGGAUUUUCUUUAAAGUGAUCAUGACACGUGGAAUAUAAGAUGAAAAAUGUAACAGGGUGACAUCAGAAUAAGAUAAAAAGAUUGUAAGAAAGAGAUGUGUAUGUACAUUAUCUUAUAUUAUAUGAUACACACACUCACUCUGAUCAGCUGCUCGUAUCUUUGGAAUUCAUGAAAAAAGCGAAUAUAUAUAUAUAUAUAUAUAUAUAUAUAUAUGUAAAAAAAAAAUUUCUGUUUUUGGGCUCUUUCACUGUAAAUGGAAAAUUUUCAAAUGAAUUUAUAGUAUAUGAAACAAGCUUACGCAGUUCUUAUUAAGCUGUAUCAAGGUUUUAAAUUGCAAUUUGCAACCAUGGUUUUGCUGCGUGUUGCAAUUUGUGGAGCUUAUUAUUAAAA